AUGAAGGUCAUCGGGUCAUGCGAAGCAAGAGACGAGGAUUGGCUUCGCCAACACCAAAGCUCUCGUCAAUUACCCUACGAGCUUCGCGUCCUGAACGCCAAGCAUGCCAUGCUCAAGGACGGCAUCUACGUCCCCAAUAAGUUUGACUCGGAGCCACUCUGCGGACCUGACGAACCGCGUACACCGCAGCAGCUAUUUCCGGAAAACAAUGCACCUUCGAAAGCUUCCCUGGCUUCUCUCAACACCGAUUCAUUCUGCAGCGGGAGCGUCCAAUAG